GUCCAGAUUACAUUUGCGAUUGCUGAACUGUUUACAACCAUGGCGCUAGAAGGGUGCGUAGGCUCGCUGCGCAGUAGUAUGCAAUUGCUCGAUUCAUCUAUCAACAUACUGGACCAAGGCGUGAGCGACUUCCCCCGUCUGGCCAAAGUACUGCAAACGACACGGCACUUCGAGCUCAUCUCCGAAUCUGACCUCCAAACCGCGCAAUCAGCACUCCUCUCAGAAAUCCGCCCCGAGGUCGAUAACCUUCUUAAGCGCGUAGAAAACUACCUCGACAAGCUGGAGCGUCGCGAGCAAUCCUUGAUAGCGAAAUGCGAUCUGAACGACGGUAGACUUGGACGCGACAACAAUGGCAGCUCAGGUCCCAGACCAGCAAGCAGGACCGCACAGCGAAGCGGAGGCAAGACCAUCAGCGCGCAACAAGAAAUGAGGAUGAAGACCUUGAAAGCGAAGAAGGACAGGCUAAGCUAUGCCGUAGAGACGCUAGAGUUGCAGGCGAAGCAGAGGGAGCGGCAGUUACGGAUGAGCAUGGCUGCACCGCAGCAGUUAUACGAUGAUUGAUGUUCUGCUACAUUUGGGUAAAGGAAGCAUCAGUUGGCCCAUCAGUGAUGGAAUGGGCCGCAUGAGUUCACAAUCUUGGAAUAGGCGUUUUGGCAAUGAGAUACCCCGGAAUAGUCCAAUACAGACACCAUAUUAUACCCAUGUAAUCUCAAGGAAUGCAACAAGAUGCGAAUCUUCAGUCAACCUUGGACGCCGGGUGCAUAAAGAAGGUCCACCCACAGCAGUUGGAAUCAGCACUUUGGGUUGACGCUAACGACAUUUACUUUGUUCCACAGUAACAGGCUACAGAAUAUAGCGCAGUAAGCGCCUUGGACGUGUAGUAAAGCGAAGGAAAUAAGCG